AUGAGGCUUCUCGCAGUUCUCACACCGGGCUCGUCCCAAUAUGUGUAUACCGAUGGUCAGCGACGCCCGCAACGUUCGGUAGGGUUUGUUGCUUUUGGCGAUUCUUAUAGUGCUGGCAUCGGCACCGGUGUUGAUGGGGUCGAAGACGACUGUCGACUCGGCUCCCACGCACAUCCAGUCCUGAUCUUCACUGACCUCGCCGAGAGCCAGGGGGCGAGCGCGACAACAUUUCAGUUCCUGUCUUGUACCGGUUCAACCACUGGUAAUGUCCUGUCUGGCGGCGAGCGCAGUCAGAUUGAUAGCUUCAACACAUCUAUCAAUGCCGAUUUCGCCAUUCUUUCUAUUGGGGGCAACGACCUUGGUUUCUUCCGCGUUAUGAAUGCCUGUAUAUUUCGUUUCUAUAGUUUCUACUCGGGAACAUGUGAGACGGCUUUGCAGUAUGUGGCCGAUCAGAUCGAGAGUCCUGAGUUUGAGCACCGGUUAGCGAUGGUCAUCAUGGAGAUACUGGACAAGAUUCAGUGGGAAAAACGACCAUGGUUUGUCGUUACUGUUACCGGCUAUGCUCGGUUUUUCAGUGUUGAGACUGACGAAUGCGACAACUGCACCCUGGGUGUCUGGUGGCAAGGGCCGAAGCUCAAGAGGGAUCUUCGCCAGCGGAUGAACGAUAUGGUGGUGGCAGUCAAUGACAAGCUAAAGCGAUCCAUUGACGCCGUCAACUCGAGGUACUCGACCCCAAAGGUAUUAUUCGUUGAUUAUGACGCUCGGUUUGAAGGGCAUCGUUUCUGCGAGCCCAACGUAACAGAACCCGCGUACGAUAGGACCGAAACCUGGUUUUUCCUCGUCGGAGGCAAAGACAACAACCCGAACGUAACGGACCCGACGCCAGCCCCCAACAGCACGAGCAUCAAGGUUGAUGCUGGGCGCGCUCGCACCCUGUCGCCGCUGUCGCCGCUCGUCGACCCGGACACAUGCUUGGACUCAGCUGAGAGAUCGGGAGACUGGGGCUUGCUGGCCCUGUGUUACAUGGCCAGGGCCAAACGAGAUGAUCCUUCGCUGCGGUUUGCUCAUGAGGAUGUCAUGAUCCAGGAUUCCAUGUGGUAUGUUCCGACAUACUACGGGAAGACUUUUCACCCAAGGAGUCUCGGCCACGAGGCCGUCAAAGACGAAGUCUAUAGGACCUGGUCCAGCCUAGAUAUAGCUGCGUGGCUCAUGCCUGCAAGCAGCCGCUAA